AUGUUCUUUCUUUACUUAGUCUUACUUUUUCUUUCUGUCUGUCCGUGUUUUUUUUUACUUUCCUUCUGUCUUUUAUUUGCCUAUUUUUCAUUCACUCUUUUUUCUUUCAUUGCUUAUUUUUUCUUUCUUUCUUUACCUUUUUCUUUCUUUUUUCUUUCUGUCUGCCGUGUUUCAUCUUUCCUUCUGUUUUUUCAUUUUCUUUCUCAUUUUCUUCCUUUGUUUGCUUAUUGUUUUCUUCCUUUACUCAUUUUCUUUCUUUCUUUCUUUCUUUCUUUCUUUCUUUCUUUCUUUCUUUCUUUCUGUCUGUCUGUGUUUCUUUUUUCCUUCUUUGCUUAUUUUUCUUUCUUUCUUUUUUAUUCCAGUUCAUAUCUAUCUAUCUAUCUAUCUAUCUAUCUAUCUAUCUAUCUAUCUAUCAUCACACACCUCAGUUCGUCUAUUCAGCUUAUAAAAUCUGUCUCUGUUUGCUCAUAUCUAUCUAUCUAUCUAUCUAUCUAUCUAUCUAUCUAUCUAUAUUAG